AUGUCUUUCGGAAAUUUAAGUAAUUUCGAUCAUAACACGCAAACUUGGAAGACUUGGAGAUGCAGACUCACACAGUGGUUCAUCGCGAACGAUAUUAACGUGGUGAAAGAUCCAGCAGGAGUCAAAAGACGGGCCAUAUUGCUUAGCACACUCAGCGAAUCUACCUACAAACUGGCAGCUGAUCUCGUGCUGCCUAAAGAAGUUCAAGAAGUACCAUACGAAGAUAUAGUUAGUGCCUUGGAUAACCAUUUCACUCCAAAAUCAGUAGGAUUUGGCGAGCGUCAUCAUUUUUAUGCCGCCACACAACUACCCCAGGAGACACCAUCACAGUGGGCUGCGAGGUUACGAGGUCUCACUUCUCAGUGUAACUUCAGCAAUGUAGAAGAAGCAUUAAGAGAUCGAUUCAUUAUGGGUAUGCUGCCGGGCGUGGAGAAAGAAAAAAUGUACGUGCAGGAGCUGGCCGGGCUGACCUUCGCCAGGGCUGUGGAGCUGACCGAGAGCUUGCGCAGCGCCCGCGCGGCUGCUGCUGCAAGCGCUGCUACCGAGGCUGUCGUUACAGAGCUGUACAAAAUAGGCAAACGUUCUCCGACUAGUGUACCUCAAAGUGCAAAAGUAAAGUGUUCCGUGUGUGGUUUUUCGAAUCACAAAGCCGCGGAGUGUCGUUUUGCGAGUUACACUUGUAGGAAGUGCAACGAAAAAGGACAUUUGCGUAGAAUGUGCAAAAGAAUCAAUUAUGUUGUAAGGGAGGAGAACGAUGAAGGUGACGGUGACGACGGUAAAAUAUGUAACAUUCGAUCUUUGCGAGGUGAACCAUUAAUCGAAGCCGUGUGUGUCAAUGGUAUCAGAAUGAACUUUGAGAUUGAUAGUGGGUCAGCUGUUACCGUUAUGUCCGUAGAUACAUAUAACCAACAUUUUAAAAACAUUCCCUUAUUAAGCACAAAUAAGAAGUUAUUAAGUUACUCGGGUGACGUGUUAGGUUGCGCCGGUCGCGCUCAGUUGUUAGUGGAGUGGCGGGGUCGCACGCGCCAGCUCGACGUGUACGUGGUGCGCGAUGGCGGACCGCCUUUACUGGGCCGCGACUUCAUCGCACAAUUUGAACUGCAGCUAGCGCCCGUAUAUAAAUGUGCCACUACCCGUGACACGUUGAAAUUAAUACAGGAACAAUAUCCCGCCGUGUUCUCGGACAAGCUAGUGGGACUGGGAGUACUCCGACCAGUCGAGCAUUCCGACUACGCGUCACCAAUAGUUCCGGUAUUGAAACGUGAUGGUUCGGUCCGUAUCUGCGCGGACUACUCUGUCACUAUAAACAAGCAGUUAGUUGUAGAACAGUAUCCGUUGCCUACCGUAAACGAGUUGUUUUCUAAACUAUACGGGGGCCAGAAAUUUACUAAAUUAGAUUUGUCUAUGGCCUACGGACAGUUUUGUCUGGAUGAAGAAUCCCAAAAGUUAACUUGUAUCAAUACGCAUAAAGGGAUCUUCGCGUAUACGCGUUUGGUGUUCGGGUUAGCUAGUGGGCCGUCAAUUUUCCAGCGAGCCAUGGAUACAGUGCUAGCGGGCCUGGACGGCACGCUGUGUUUAUUGGACGAUGUGCUCAUAACGGGUCGCAAUGACUCUGAACAUCUUGAGAGACUGCAUCAGGUCCUACAACGGUUGCAAGACGCAGGAUUUGUUCUACAAAAGUCUAAAUACGCGUCGCCAAAUGGAUUAGGUGCUAUUCUAUCACAGGUGAGUUCCGAUGGCCAGGAAAAACCUAUCUCUUUCGCUUCGCGCACGCUCAACGACGCCGAGAAAAGUGGUUAUAAUUAUGUAAUCGAGUACGUGAAGAGUGCAGAUAAUAGUGCGGACUAUCUGUCUCGUGCGAGUCUACCGGCCGGCGCGGGCGCGUGCGGUGGUCGAGGCGAGGGGACGAGGCGCGGAGCGGGAGCGGUCGAUGUCGAUGCAUUCGACAGCGCCUCUUAUGUUUGCUUCGUAGUGCAAGGCGCACUCCCGAUAUCGGUGACUGAAUUACCUAUGACCGACUCCGCCACGCACUCCGGUGUGCCCGUGGGAAUACCCCCACAACCCUUUUACCGUGUACACUUAGACUUUCUAGGUCCGCUGAAUGGUCGGAUGUACCUCGUCCUAGUAGACGCGUACUCCAAGUGGCUUGAGGUGUACGAGAUGGCUUCCACAACUACUAGUGCGGUCAUUGAAAGAAUGUAUGAGUACAUGUCCAGAUACGGAUUGCCUCAUACGAAACUCAAUUCACUCAACAACAGGAAUGUCUCCGGCACAGUUAGUGUUUGGUCGCAAAUUACGUUCACGUUUAGAUUUAAUGAACCCGCGUUCGCCGCCGUCACCUUCAUCUGCUUCGUUGACUGA